AUGUCUCUCCCACCACAAGUUACAAGCUUUUUGUCCUCGAUUGACAAAUCCACUUCUGGGGUUCAAGCCUUGAGGGUCUUUGAGCAACAAACUGGCUUGCCUAGAUCAUACGCCGUAUUGGGUGGUGCUGGUUUAUACUUCGUCUUGGUUUUUUUGAAUAUUGGCGGAGUUGGUCAAUUGUUGUCCAACAUUGCUGGCCUCGUUGUUCCUGGCUACUAUUCUUUGAUCGCCUUGGAGUCCCGCGGUACUGCUGAUGAUACCGCACUUUUGACCUACUGGGUUGUUUUUGCGUUCUUGAGCGUCAUUGAGUUUUGGUCGCGUGCCAUAUUAUACUGGGUACCUUUCUACUUCUUGUUUAAGACCGUCUUUUUGCUUUAUAUUGGUGUUCCAUCUUUCGGUGGCGCAAGUAUUGUGUAUGAGUCUGUGAUCAGACCAUUGUCUCAAGCAUACAUCGUCAAGAACAAGUCUGUCAACAAGGCUGUUAACGAUGCUGCCGAGUCCGUCUCGACUUCUGUCGAGAUUUAA